AUGGCAGGAUUCGCGAUUUCUAAAUUGGCGGUCGCCUUCCUGGCUGUUGCCGCUUUUAUGGGAGGCAACAUACUAGGCGCGGAGCACAAUCCUCGCACUGUUCAUCCAACUGGCAAGCAACACCCACGUAGAGCUGGUCCUCCUAGGAGGCAAACUACUCCACAAGAAUGGGACACUGAGGAUUACAGUGACUAUGUACGUGCAGCGAGAUGUUUGAACCAAAUUAUUCGCGAACUUCCCGAGGAUCUCGUUAGUCGCAUGAGUGACGAAGAUUAUAUUAGAUAUCAUUGGGAGCUUAGAACAAAACUUAACGGAUUCAACGGACAAGCUGUUCCGGAGGAUGUUUUGGAAGAAAUGGCACAGUAUGUGAUCGGUGAUCUUCUCAGAAGAGGAGGUAAUUAUUUGUAUGAACAAAUGGCAAAUACUCCUUUAGGUACAACUCUAGGCGAUAUUCUCUCCGGUGCCUUUGCAAAAUCCGUCGCACCUACAAACAUGCAUGACAACAACGUCGGCACUCUGCGUGCUCCGGAAAAUUAUCCUUACACCUUCGAUGCAAACAACGACAGAAUUAGUGGUUCAAAACACGCCUACCCCGAAAUCAACCAUGGAAUUGGCUUUGAAAACUUCGGUGGUAACUUUGGAGGAAACACAAUAGUAGACAUGUCGCAAAACAAACCUCAAAGCGGCAAGAUCCGUGGCAGCGGCGGCCCUACCUGGGCUGGUAAUUCCGGAUUUGACACUGCUAAGUUAGGUGGCACCCACUCUGGUUCGGCAUCUGCCCAUAAGAAAAAUGGUAAACCAAAAAAACAACGCAAGGCACCAUCUUCAAGCGAUUUUGAAGCGGCAAUCGAUGAACUGUUGAAACUACUAGAAAAGGCUUCUAAAGAAAGCAGUGCGGGUCAUCCACCUCAAUCGGACAUCUUGGUUCAUGGGCCAUCUGGUAUUGAGGAACCUAUCAAACCUACUUACGUAAUCGUACCUGGGCAACGUGGCGAACAGGUACCUUUGCAAUUGACAAUGGACAUUCACACCCCAACACAUGUCCACGAGCCUAUGAGGCCUAGCUACUUAUUUGUGCCUGGACCAUCUCGUGAACAGGUACCUUUGCAACCCACACCGGACUUUCACACCCCUACACAUCUCGAGGAACCUAUCAAACCUUCUAAUGCCACAUUCCCGGCAGGGUAUGACACAUUCCCUGAUGAUAUUCAGAACUUGUUUGUAGAAGACGCAAGUGUUGUCUCACGUGCGAAAAUGCGUCUGCGUGAUAUAUAUGAACACUUACCUCCCGAGGUCUUGGAAGUAUUGCCCAAACAUCACGAAGUUCAUAUCCCUUUCACCCUGAUUGAAGAACUCGCUCUAGCGUUGUCUGUACAAACUCUCCCACAAGCAGUUAAAAGGCAAGUGGCGAGGUUGUUAGCCAACUUGUCUACUGUAAAGCUCUUGGGUCAUCUUCCGAGGGAUGCCCAAAACGAUAUGAAGCGGAUUCAUCACAGCAACUCGAUAUUUUCUGCAAUUAUGUUUGCUUUAAUGACCAACCCAUAA